UUAGAACAAGAUUUGCGAACACCCGGAAAACAGGCCGGAAAUAUACACUUUGCUGCGAUUUAGCAAUAAGCUUGAUCACACCAAGAUCACGAGUUUUAAAAGUGCGUCAUCCACAUUUUCCAAGAAAUACCCCCCCGGAAAUAGCAUCGAUAAAACAAGUAAUCUUUGUGUUACGGGUUUAGGUUACUUAACACUGGGCUUAACAGCGGAAGGUUUGUAGACGAUCGUUCGGUAAAAUUGUCAUCGAUUUCUAAAAUCCAGCGGUUAUUCGAUUUUGGUAUAAGAUUUGCAAACGCCAGCUUGGAUUUAGAAGAUUUCAGUUCAGAGUUGCGAUCAAGGCCCAAAGAGAGAAAAUGUUUGCAGAAUGGAGUACAUUCGGUUUGUUCGCCUCCGUCUUCGCAGUACUCCUGUUUGCUCGGCAGCUUCUGUACCAGUGGUUGCAGGUUGCACUGGUUUACUGGCGUGUACCAUGGACAAAUGCUAGAGGAGAGCGAAUGAGAGGUGAGCUACCCAAGUUACCUUUCGGGCACUUUCACCAAGUGAACUUCUUUGGCCGACCGCUGUCCAAGAAGUACGGUCCUAUUUACUACAUAUGGCAUUGCUUUACUCCAGUCGUGAUAUUAGCUGACGCCGAAGCUAUUCGCGCUUUCUACACCGAUCACUACUCUCACCAGCGUGAUCGUGACUUCACUUGCCUCGGGUCUGUGUUCAAGGACAUACUGGGAAAUUGCUUAGCAACAAGCUACGGGCGCGAGGAAGUGAGAAGAUGCCGUGGUCCUUUCGAAAAACACUUCUCCGCAAGCGCCGCUUCAAACACCUUGUACGUGGUAGGACGUGAGUGUGCGGCCUUCAUGAAAGGUUUGCCGAUCGGCAAACCUGUCCAUCUUCAAGAGGAAGGUCUGGAAAACGUCACCCUCAGAGUUUUAGUGCAAGUGGUGUACGGAGAGGAGGUGCUUGAGAAAUAUUUUCAACGUGUCCUGGAUGUCAGUAACCUGCUUCAAGAUGCCGUGAACACGUUUAAUCUCGGUGAAACUAGGCUGCCGUUUUAUUCGUAUCUUCCAACCAAGGCAAACCGUAAGGCGCGCUCGUUUAACAAGGCUUGGGAGUCGUUUAACCAAUUCUUAUUCACGGAAUACGAGGAGGGAAGACUGAAAUCUGGCGACGGCUUGUUCUUCACAAUGAUGGAACAACUGAAGACUCACGCACUCGAACUCGCCGAACAGGAGCUCUUGCAUUCCGUGGACGAAAUUCUCCUUCUGAACGUAGAUGUUAGCUUCGCGGCGACUUCGUUUGCGUUGGCCGACCUCGCUCGACACACAACUGUCCAGGAGAAGGUUCGACAGGAGGUGGACGACGCGCUCCGAGGUGCCGACCCCAGCUCUUGUCUGGACCUGGAUAAGAGGUUGCCAUAUAUGGAAAUGAUUCUUAAAGAAAGUGCCCGGAUGCACCCAGCUUUGGCACUCAGUCUCCCAGAAAGAACUGUGAAACCCGUCACUGAUAUUGGCGGAUUUCAGAUACCGAAAGGGACUCCAGUAUGUGUGGAUCCUUAUUCAUUGAACUACUCGGAGAAGUACUGGAAAGACCCCGAGAAAUUCGACCCAGAUCGCUUCGCCAACGGAGCCCGACCGACGCCUGGGUCGCUCUUCCGUUUCGGAAUGGGGCCAAGAAAAUGUCUCGGUUACCGAUACGCUCUGGCUAUCACUCGUGUGGUUGUUGCGUCAGUUUUGCAGAGGUACACACUUCAGCUGGCCCACCCUGAUGCUAAAGCUCGAGUAAAGACUAAAGGGAUGAGUUUUUUCACGCCUUAUCUUUGUCCAGAAAUUGUAUUUAACGAAAGACAAAAGAAUAUUGCUUGAGAAUGACUUAUCUUUGUAAUCUGCAGGUAAAAAUAUCUGGUCCUGUUUCACUCUCCGUCGGAUUAAAAUCAGUAGGUAUAUUCCAAAAUGUAGAUUCAUAACCAUAGGUAUGGUUAUGAAAAAUUAUUAACUACAUUUUGAUGAGUUAAUUUUACAAAAAAAAGGAAAGAAAAUGGUUGCAAUUUUUUUCUUUAAAUACUCUGGGCUGUUCCUAAUAGUUGAGAAAGCUUUAAUGAGUUUUCAAGUACUUCUAUAAACCAGGCUAGGCUGUGUAAACACGCUCACUAAUUUGAUUGUAAGCUAAGAGAAGUGUAAUAAAGUUAACUCACUUGCUCAAA